CUAACAACCACCGCAAUUCUACCUCCACUUUACAAAGAUCACCCCCCAAGAAUGGCGCGCGAUACCCCAUCCGAGCUCCUAGCCGCCAACCCCCUAGACCUAACCCCCUACGAAUCUCUCUACAAGCAUUUCCACGCGCACCCCGAGCUCUCUAAGAGAGAAAAAGCCACUGCCGAAAGGGUAGCAGCUCAUCUCGCACAGUGGGAUGCUUUCGAGAUCCACACCCAGAUCGGGGGCCACGGAGUCGCCGGGGUCCUGCGCAACGGGCCGGGAAAGGCCGUGCUUCUGCGGGCGGACAUGGACGCUCUCCCCGUGCAAGAGAUCACAGGCUUACCCUACGCCAGCACGGUCACGAUGCAGGACGCCAGCGGCGCGGAGAAGCCGGCCAUGCACGCCUGCGGUCACGACAUGCAUAUCACGUGUCUGCUGGCGGCAGCCGAACGGCUAGUGCGGAUGCGGUCCGAAUGGAGUGGCACGCUGAUUGUGGUGUUUCAGCCGGACGAGGAGCGCGGGGAGGGUGCCCGUGCAAUGGUCGACGACGGUCUGUACGACAGGAUCCCCGUGCCGGAUUAUGUCUUCGGCCAGCAUGUGAUGCGCAUGCGCGCGGGGAGCGUGGGCUCGCGCCCGGGGACCCUCAUGGCUGCGGCGGAUAGCUUGAGAAUCACGCUGUUUGGCCGUGGGGGCCACGGGUCCCUGCCGCAUCAGACGGUGGAUCCGGUGCUGCUGGCGGCGAAUGUGGUGGUGCGGCUGCAGGGGAUCGUGAGCCGCGAGAUCGACCCCAGUGAUCUGGCCGUCGUGACCGUCGGGAGCCUGCAGGCAGGCCAGGCGGAGAAUGUCAUCUCGGACACCGCCGAGCUGGGCGUGGAUUUCCGCUCGGUGAGCGUGGAGACCCGGGACAAGAUCCUCGCCGCGAUCAAGCGUAUCGUCGAGGCCGAGUGCAUGGCCAGUGGCUCGCCGCGGCCUCCGGUUUUCACGCCCACCCGACACUUCCCACCCACGAUCAACGACAGGGAAGUCACAGCGGAGCUGGCUUCUUGCUUCGCGGAGCAUUUCGCAGACAGCUUUGACGCCGAUACACCUCGGACGAAUGUUAGCGAGGACUUCUCGAUCCUUGGCACCAGCCAGGGCCGUCCAUGCUCGUUUUGGUUCUUUGGCGGUAUCGAUCCGGAGGUGUGGGACGAGGCAGAAAGCAAGGAUCGCCUCCACGAGAUUGCUGGCAACCAUUCAGCCUCGUUUGCUCCGGCGAUCCAGCCGACGAUGAAUACGGGAAUGGACGCGCUCUGUGUCGCGGCGUUGACGUAUCUGCGGAAGUAGACCUCCUGAAUGUCAGAUCUAUGCAUAUAAAACGAUUGCUACAAUUUUCAACUGGGUCUUGAGCCCUACUGCGUUGGAGACAGAGAAAGGAUUCCGGUGUUCCCUUUGGCAGAGUUUCAUUUGGAGUCGCUGUUUGCGAAGGUCUCAUUGUCUUUUCGUCAGUGAUGUUGGCCAUGGAUGCGGCAGGAUAACAAGUGUGAAAAUCGAUUCGAGACUGGAACUAAGUCGAUACAGUCAAAACAAGACAUGUAGUGGAUGGAGAAAGAAGUGAGAUUGAGGGAAAGGGAGAGAGGCAGUAAAAUGAUCCAUCCUCUCAAUUCUGAAGCCAAGCACAAGCAGCGCUAUACCGGAAAAGUCACGCAUGGCAGAAACCUGUGCUGGAGCCUGGAGCAUAGAGAGGUUCAUAUGCAGACAAUUUGCAUAUUCAAACACCAAAAGUAAGAGGCUAGAUAGAUGGAUAUUAUGGACGCAAAAC